AUGUGUCGUUCAUCUCUAUACGAGUUUAAGAGGUCUUUAUCGUCGCCACCACCACCAACUCAUGUACAACAUUCUCAACCACCGUCGUACAGGAAUUAUCAAUCGUGCUCAGUGAAAGGAGCAGUGGCGUUACUCGAGGCUCAGCCGACCACAUCAAUGGCGCCGAUAAUUGUACAACGGUUGACAGCCCUCCUCAAUAGUGUUGGUAGUGGUGAUGGCGCAUCAAGUUCUGGUGUUGCUGUUGAUGCAACAACGCCAAAAGAUUCAUCACCAUCAUCAUCAUAA